GACUGCGUCGGAACAAACCCUCAGCUUGGAAUCUUUCCCCCGGCAACAUUGUGAGAUUUCGCUUUAAUGACCUCACGGACGUGGACAAUGGACUGUUGGUUUAGACUAGAGUCUUGUUCGCAGUCCACACGCGAGAGGCGAAACCCCGAAACCCCGGGCCCGGCGGAAGGAGAAUGUCUCAUUUAUUUUAAAUAUAUGAAUACCCGGAAUGAUGUUACUCAGACAUCUGUAGACGGCUAGUCUCUAACCAAAGCCUUUAAAGUAAAAAUGUGAAGGACGCGUCACCACUACGUCCAACUAUAUAUUUCCUCGAUGAUUACUAGAAUAAGGAGGCAUUUCAUACCUGUACAGUCCAUUUAAAUGCCGGCGACAUUAAAUUAUAGACAGGCAGUGUUCGGCCCUGGUCUUGCAUUAGUGCCUUCCAGACCACAAGCAUGUUGGAUGUAUGUAGUCUGCUGCCUGUUAUUUAUGUGUCACCGAUACUCUCACGCUAGUUUGGACUUCAAGUACCAUCGCACGGAUUUUCUGGAGAAGUUUCUGAAAGACGUGCAUGCGAAUUUUUCAAGUAUCACUCAUCUUUACUCCAUCGGAAAGUCUGUGGAAGGACGGGAAUUGUCGGUUAUUGUAAUUGGAGAAACGCCUAAUGAACAUCGAAUUGGGAUUCCUGAGGUAAAAUACAUCGGAAACAUCCACGGAAACGAGCCUGUAAGUAGGGAGAUUCUGCUUCACUUGAUCGAAUACCUCGUCUCAAGCUAUCAAACUGAUGCAAACAUCACCGACCUGAUCAAUAGCGUGCGAAUCCACAUCCUACCCUCGAUGAACCCAGAUGGGUUUGAAGUUUCGCGCGUUGGUAAAUGCAGUGGCACUCACGGACGAUAUAAUGCUAAUAAUACAGAUUUAAACCGAAAUUUUCCGGAACCUUUUGGAGGAAGAGUUUCACCUUUUGAGCCAGAAACAGAGGCAGUGAUACGAUGGAUACACAGUGAACCAUUUGUGUUGUCCGCUAGUUUUCAUGGAGGAGCUGUACUGACAGCUUAUCCCUAUGAUAAUAACAAUCAAGGUAGCACCAACUACAGUCGGAGUCCGGAUGAUGACGUAUUUAAAUAUUUGGCAAAAACAUACUCCUUUAACCACAAAAGCAUGUACAAAGGAAACCUGUGCAAGAUGAAAUUCUUAGAUGGUGUGACAAAUGGAGCCAAGUGGUACAGCAUAGCAGGUGGAAUGCAAGACUACAAUUACGUGUGGGGGCAGUGCUUCGAGGUGACAGUAGAACUGUCUUGUUGCAAGUAUCCACCGGCUGCACAACUACCACACUUCUGGGAUCAGAACAAAGCAGCACUCACCGCCUUGCUCAAGCAAGCCCAUCUGGGAAUAAAGGGCAGAGUUCUGGAUCAAGAUAACAGCCCUGUUUCCAAAGCAACUGUAAAUGUAUUUGGCAGGAAGAAUCUCAUCCCAUUUCAAACCAGUAAACUGGGAGAAUAUUAUAGACUUCUGGUACCUGGGGAGUACACACUUAUGGUUGAAGCCAAAGGUUUUAAAUCUAUGAACAAGACAGUGAAUGUGUUUGAUGGAACAAGCUCAAGCUCAGCUGUAGUUUCCGACUUUAUACUUACAAAACUAGAUGAAAGUCAACAAACCUGAUCUAUUGUAGAACAUAGAUUUAAGUUAGUGCUGAGAGAUCUUAAAAAGUUCUAAUGCUUCACAACUGCUGAGUUGGAUCUGGGUCUCUAACAUGAGAAAGAAGCAAAGAAAAAAAGGAAACAAUCUGCUAAACCUGGCAAAAUGUCACUUAGAAUAAAGUGAUCAUUUCUUCCUCGAUUAAACAGAGAAUAUUUAGAUACAAAUGUGAGAAUUCUAUAACCAUGCAGGUGUAUACAUAACGUUUCAAGGCAUUACCACCCCUUGUUAAUCAAAUUUUACAAUAUAAUCAAAAUUAAACAAAGUCAAAUUUUAAUAAAAGUGUUCUGAAUCAU